CAAUAAAAUCUUGAGUGAGGAUUAAGAAUAAUAACAGCAGCAUUAAUCACUCGCUGCCAUUGUUGGCCUCGAGCAGAGAGAGACGAAGACCAUUAUCAAUUCAGAUAUUCUUCCAAUUUUAUACAUCACAUUUACCUGCUUUGGAAACUCCCACUCACACUAUCCGGUGUGUGUUUAUAGUUUAUACACUGAUUUUUACUGUGAAACCGAAAAUAUUUGCUGGUUAGUAUGCGUUACAUGGAUGAUUGAUGGGAAAACUUACUGAGACAUGAUUGAUUGGAUGAUGGGGCGAGAGAUCUCAGUGUUGAUUCAGCCAAAGAGUUUGUUGAUUUUCGUGGCGGCUUUAGUUCUGAUAUUUCUCGCUUCUUCGUUGUCUCAACAGGAGGCAGCAGAACAUGUGCAGGAAGACCACGAAAUUACCCAUAGAGUAUUUUUGGAUGUUGACAUAGAUAAGCAACGAAUAGGGAGAAUCACUGUUGGAUUAUAUGGUGAAGUCGUGCCAAAGACUGUGGAGAACUUUAGGGCUCUGUGUACAGGGGAGAUGGGAAAAGCUGCUAACGGGAAAGUUCUCCACUAUAAGGGAACUCCAUUUCAUCGGAUAAUACCUGGAUUCGUGAUACAAGGUGGGGACAUUGUUUCUGGAGAUGGGAGAGGAAAUCAAUCUAUAUAUGGCGGCACAUUCCGUGAUGAGAAUUUUAAGUUGAAGCAUUCACAUGCAGGUGUUUUGUCAAUGGUGAAUUCAGGGCCUGAUUCCAAUGGUUCCCAGUUUUUCAUAUCUACAGUGAAGGCUUACUGGUUAGAUGGAGAGCAUGUUGUUUUUGGCAAAGUCAUUGAUGGAAUGGAUACUGUUUAUGCCAUUGAAGGGGGUGCAGGAACCUACAGCGGGAAGCCAAGGAAGAAGGUAAUUAUUGCCGAUUCUGGGGAGAUACCCAAGAGCAAGUGGGAAGACGACCCCCGAAUUUCAGUAACAUAACAAUAAACGCAAGUUCUUAAGUUUAACUAAUUGAUUCAGUUAGAAAUUGUUUUGCUGUGCGUUCUUAUGUAGCAUAUUUGUGAAAUCGUACAAUCAUCUAUAGUCCAGCACUUGCCUCUUCAGAGAACUGUAAUCUGUUUUUCCGCGUUGAGCAACUGAUAUAUGAGUGGCUAUUACAGAAAGAAUGAAAA